GAGAUCUAUGAAUGAAGGGAUAGAGCUGAAAAUGAUCUUGGGUGUGAAGGGAUAACCCAGAAUUUCAGAAUUUUCAAUUUCAGGGCCUUUUGUUGAGGACUUGUUCGAGGUGGUUGCAUGCUACUUUCCAGUGGAGUUUAAGCAGACUCCCAGCUCACCUGUUACUAAAGAGCUUCUAGCCGAAGGAUGCUUAAAAUGUCUCAUAGCCCAUCCGGAUUUCGCCCCGUACUGUUACAUGCUUAUCGAGGAGAAGUUUACCGAUGAUGAUUCUACUACAGAGCAGAAAGAAGACACUUGUGAAUUACUUGUGAGCAAUAACAGCAAGAUUACCAACCAAAAUAAUUUCAAGAAGUUUUUGUUUGAAGGCUGA